AUGAGCGUGCCCACCUCUGCCCUGUCCCGUCUCUCGGAGCUGGUCUUGGAGCUCAUCACGGGUCAAGUCAAGUGCAAGGACUGCGGCGCCUUUGGGCACCGGGCACGGAACCUCAGGUGCCCCAUCAGACGCUGGCAGGGGGCCCUGGUUCUCCAGCCCCUGGGACGCCCAAAGGAAAAGGAGAACGUGCCGCCCCGUUGUGCACCAGCGCCCUCCAGGGGCGUCCCUAAGGCCUGCGGAUCCAGGCUCAUUCCCGGGAGGGGAUCUCUGCCGAAGGGAUGCCCCGCGACACAGGACCAGAAGCCCCAGGCCUUAGCGAAGGACGGCAAGGAGUCCUGGGACUCCGUGAGGGUCAAGUGCAAGGACUGCGGCGCCUUUGGGCACCGGGCACGGAACCUCAGGUGCCCCAUCAGACGCUGGCAGGGGGCCCUGGUUCUCCAGCCCCUGGGACGCCCAAAGGAAAAGGAGAACGUGCCGCCCCGUUGUGCACCAGCGCCCUCCAGGGGCGUCCCUAAGACCUGCGGAUCCAGGCUCAUUCCCGGGAGGGGAUCUCUGCCGAAGGGAUGCCCCGCGACACAGGACCAGAAGCCCCAGGCCUUAGCGAAGGACGGCAAGGAGUCCUGGGACUCCGUGAGGCAUCUCCGAGCCUUGUCCAGACUCCCCGAUUUAGCAACGUCGAAGGCCACAGCAGAGGACCGCCACAAAGUUCAGGUCAAGUGCAAGGACUGCGGCAGCUUUGGGCACCGGGCACGGAACCUCAGGCUCAUUCCCAGGAGGGGGUCUCUGCCGCAGAGAUGCCCCACGACACAGGACCAAAAGGCCCAGGCCUUAGCGAAGGACGGGAAGGAGUCCUGGGACUACGUGAGGUUCCUCCCCAAGCCCAGGGGAGUGGCCACCAAGAUGAACAGGUCCCUGAAAGAGGCUCCAGGCCCCAGGCCUUCAGUACCCAUGGAGAGGCGGAUGUGGCCUGCCCUGGGAGCCCCCUACUUCCUCUGGGGACCCCUGUGGGGGGUCCAGCCUCUCACCAUGGUGUUCCGGAGGCUGCAGGGGGACCGCUGGAGCUGCCCGACCCUGCGCCCCUUCAGUGUGCUCUAUGAGGACCUCCUGGUGUCCUCGUCCUCUGAUGAGAGCGAGCAGGACUGA